AUGUGCUUGAAAGUGGACAGGACCAAACCCAUUGUUUUCCUCAGCACGGGAGGAAAUGACAUUUGUAAGCUCAAGAGGCGUGUUGUUGCCAAUGAACCUCGUCCCCAACUCUUGGGCCUGCUUGAGGGGGAUGUGCCCAACAAGGUUCACCUCCUGGGUUUGACGCCUAUUUCAGAGCAGGCCCCAGCUCCUGUCCCAGUCCACAUGUCCCAGCUGACCCCACAUGGGCAACCCCAGCAUGUGCCGACAAGCUCUCAGCUCAAGCCAGUGUCUGUCCCAGCACAGCCUUCACUCCAACCAGCUCAUGACCCUGCUACUGCCCCAGUCCAGGCCCUGACCCCACCAGCCUUGGCCCAGCCCCUGCCCCUGCUCAUGCCUGUGCCAGGCCACUCUCCUCCGCAGUCUGCGUCCCCCUCCGAGGAGGCAGCCCUGGAAUUGGUCUCUGAAGCCAUGGACACAGAUGUGGAGGACAAGUAG